UUCCAGUUGAUCCUUUUUAAUCUCAAUAAAACGUUUAAAGGAACCAAAAGACGCCAAUCACGUCACAACAACAAUAAUGACCUUAUAUUACAAAAUGGGUCUAAAAUGGAUACAAGUACUGAUCUGGCAGAAAAGGAAGCAGAAGGAAUAUAUAGAGAAAAACAGGCAAAAUUAGAAAUGGAAAGGCAACGACUUUUACACAAUAAUCACAUUAUUGAAGAAGAAAAACAACGAAUUUUGUCUGCCUUAACGGAACGUGAACAAGAAUUAGAACGGGAGAGGCAAGAACAGCUUUCCCUUACAGCAAAAAUUAGACAAAUGCAAAGCAAAUUGCUUUCGGGAGAUGGAAAUUUACUUGAUAGAACGAGAAAACAGGAAACUUUGUUGGGGCAGAGGAGGGCUGAAUUGGCUGAACAAAGGAGAAGAGAAAGAGAAGUUUUGCAAAGAUUAGAAAUCCAAGAGUUAGAAACAGCAGAAAUUAAACAAAUAUUUGCUAGUUUACAACAAGAAGUUGAAGCAAAAAGGAGAAAAUUUCAAAAAUUAAAUAAUCGGUUACAACAAAUGCGUCUAGAAUUGCGUGACAAUGAAUUAACGAAUGCAAGUGAACGUCAAAAUUUGGAACAAACAGUUCUUGAAAUGAACAAAGAAUUGGCUUUAAAGUGGCUUAUCAUCGAUAAUUUCAUUCCUGUGAAUGUAGUCGAAAAUAUCAAAGAAAAGGCACAGUUUGAUGACAAUGAACAUCAAUGGAUUAUCAGAGAAGGCCCCUCUAAUCAACAAAAUUUUUUGUUGGAACGUCGGCGCUCUAUUCUUGUCGAAAACGAAGGUGGAGGGUUGGAAAGGCUAAAUCUCAAUAAUAGUCCUCAACAAAAUUUUAAUUCUCAUUUGAGAACAACAAUGGCUGAUUCUGGAUUGGGAAGUAGCAAUGGUUGUUCCUCAACCCAAGGGCCAUCCGAUGCUAGUUCUCAGGAGGACGGAGGUGUAAAUUCAAAUGAUGUUGUGGAUUUUGCCGAGCAAAGUACUUCUCAACACGAAAAUGCUUUUAUUUCCCCUGCAAGAUUAUUGAAAAGACCGAUGGCAUUUUUUGGAACAACCCGCCCUAUUUCCAAUUGGGAAAUGGUACUUCUUGGCAAACUCAAAAAUCAACUAACACGCUCAAAUUCAAAACAACAUUCUAGAUAUCCUCCAAAUAUUAAAAUGAGUCAAAUAUCUAAAAAUGGAGAAUUGCCAGAAUUUUUAAUUUAUGAUGAGGUUCUUCGUUCUUGUUCCCAAAAUUUGUUAACAUUCCAAUCCCUUUCCUCAUACGGCUCUCAAGUUAAUUCUAACUUGGAAGAGCAACAAAGGCCCCCUACAAGAUCAGGCAGAACAUCAAAACAACCAACCCCAAAUUCAAAAAUUCAAAGAUUUGUUGUAGAUACUUCCCGAAUUCCAAUACCUACCCAAAGAAGUGUUAGCAGAGAUAAUAUUAAUAAUGCAACGACAACAUUGUCUAGACCAAUGUCUGCUGCAAGCAGAAGAAGGGGUUCACUUGCGAGGGGUUCACAAUCUUCUUUAAUUAGUUCUGCUACUCUAAAGCUUUGCAAUAAUGCUCAAAAUAGUCAACAAAUUUCCAGCCCAGAAAAUUUAUUACUAAAUCAAAAUGGACAUUCCAAUAAUAAUUCAAAAAACUUGCGUGCCCGCAGCGUGUUCAGCAACAACAACAACAAUUUAAUUUUAAACAAAAACAACGAAAAAGGAAACAACAAAAGAAUGGCAGAAUCUGCCUCGAGUGCCUCCUCCUCUUUAGAAGGAAAAAUUGGAACAACAAUUGUACAAAGAGCCCCAAGCAGUCCAGCAAUUUCUGGACGUAUUCCAAUUCCCCUUCAACCAAAUUAUCCAAAAGCAAGAGGCCUUGUUGGAGGGGGAAUAAUUGGUGGGGGUGGAAGCAGAAAAUGAAUAAAUUGGAGGAGAAAAAAGAGAUUUGGGAAUAUUUUAAGGC